AUGAAAAGCAAUCACGAGACGGUCUACAGCUGUGGUACGACACCAGAAGAAGCAGUGAAAAGGGACUGCCAAUUUGACAUGCUGUCUUUUGCUUGGGUCCCCAAGCCGUGUUUCGACGCUGAGUUGAGCAGCAUGAACAAUGCUUAUGAGGACUUCGAAUUCUUCUACCACCGGGAGAAGCCUGACAGGAUUCCUGUAGAGGAGUUGAAAAAGGGCAUCAACAAGCACGUAUACACGUCUGGACGAUAUCACCGAACCCAUUGCACGUACGCCUGGAAGAUAUUGCAACGGGCGGUGCUACAUGGAUUCCAUCUAAGCGACAACAAGACGAUGAACCCAUCGCAUUAUGACCAUUGCUCGUACUACUUGAUCGAUGUCGAUCAUAGCUACCGGGCGCGAUUUACGAUGGAAUAUCUGCAUUGUCAGAAGAUGCCGACUAGUCGUGGAUCCCCAUUUUGGUGA